AUGCGUAGUGACAGUUCAAGAGUACGUGUUAAAGGACAAGCCCGUUGUCUAAAUUAAAUACACCCAGAAGUUGUUUCAUAAAGUACUGAUCACACUGGUAUUGUACGACAUUGUAUGGUAUUCAAAUGAGAUAAUUCUCAACCUCGUUCUCAGGGGAUAACGUCUGGUACUUUAGGUACAAACCCAAAAUCUAGCGUUAAAGAACAAUUUGAAGUGACGACAUCACUGACGACAGCAAUAUUUCAAAUUCCAACUGAUCCAGUUAUCCAUGCAAAUAUGAAAUUAGGUAAGAAUUCAUGAAGAUUCGGUAAAAUAUUUUAAUAAAAUUCGUCAAUUUUGGACAAAUCUAUUAAAUGAGAUUUUUUGGUAAAAUGUUGGUAAAUGUUUUGGAGAGUUUGAUAAUUCAGUAUUUUUUUUUUUGUAAAAAGUCUUGUUUGAAUGUUAUCUUGUGUAAUACUAGACGCUACUAGUAAUAAAAGCUCAAUGUAAUUUUCUCGAUCCCCGCUACUAACCUCCCAACAAAGUGCCUUCGCUCGAAACGUCGAAAUUCUCCUUGUAUUUUUCAGGUAGUCGCAUUCCAACCAACCAACGUUUUGUUAUUAUUGGCACAACCUCAGUAUACACUGGCACAGAUCGUUCAAGAUUAUAUAACACAAUUAGUGGCUUUCAGGCUAACCGAGUUUUUGACGAUCAAAAUAUUUACCUGCAUUUGGUACUUCUAAUAUAUUGGUCAACCUCGUCCCCAGGUUCUUCGUGUCAGACCGGGUGAGGGCGAAAUUAAAUUUGGUAAAAACAUUCUCGAUUUAGUAAAUUUUGAACGCAAAGUUUGGUAACUAUUUCAACGCACAAUUUGAGCGAGUGCCUGUGAUCGAGGGCAAAGAUCCAAAAUAACUAUGCAAGCGAGGUACUAACCCAAAGUUUAGUGGCUUUUUUAUUUUUUGUUUGGCUUCGAAAAGAAAAUUAUGCCUUUUGGCUUCUCUUGGCCUCUUCGCAGUAAUAAUUUUGUGAAAAUUUAUUGAUCAUCUUGAAAUAAAGCAUUGCUUUUUGCAGGUUGAUUCCAUUUUGUCAGAAAUAACCUGGUUGUAAAUCUAGGCGCAUAUCAGGAUCAUGAAAUCCAGCCAUGUAAUUAAAUCCCUUUAUUUCUAAUACUUUUUAUAACACGAAACUUAACAAUUAAGAAAAAUACAAACAAGCGGUAUUUAUACAGACUACGAACAGUGCCUUAGAAGGAAAGGACGACACAUCAAGAAACGAAAUACGGAAGAAGUUGUUUUGCUGACUUACUUAAGACUUAAGGCCAUGUUACACGGUGCAAUUUUUCUUGCAACUUGCAAUGCAAUUCUACUCUUGAGAGAUGUUAAUUAGUCAAAUCAGUGAAGAAUUUUCGAUAUGUUGAGAAAACAUCAGUGGAGAGUAAUGAAGACUCGUGUUAGGCAAUUUUACAUCUCUCAAGAGUAGAAAUGCAUUGCAAGUUGCAAGAAAAAUUGCACCGUGUAACAUGGCUAUUGCUCAGAAUUACAGUUCGUCAAAACUUUUUUCUUCAAGAUUGGUUUAGAAACAAACUUGGAGUAGGGUUAGAGUUGGUGUUUGGAACCGUUUAAAUGCUUCCAGUUUCGAGAAUUUCGCAGUAAUUUUUUAUUAUCUUUUUAAAUCCAAUAAUGUUUUUUUUUUGGGGGGGGCGAAAGCUAUCCCCCUUAUCACAAAUGGGGGCGCCCCCCCGGCCCCUGCUCCUACACCCCUGCAUGGUACUUACCCUACGCAACCUUAGUAAUUGGCGAGGUGUUGUUACAGGCGCCCAGCAUAAACCUGCACCUCCUGCACCGUGCAAAAGAUAUACAGCUAGCAUGAUAUUCUUUGGAAUGAAUAAUGUUAAUGACAAGUCAACUAAAAAUGGUUUUGAUGACAGAAUGAAAGAUCAAAUAAAGUCAGUGAAACAAAGAUAUUUGCAUGGCGUAAUCAAAUGGUUCAUUUGCACAUAUAUCAUUGACAUGGAAAUGUUCAUGAAACAUUUUAGUAAUAUCGAUUCACUGCAGGCAUGGGAAGCCUAUCAGAAAUCUCAAGUGGUAAAUGAGGAUGGAAGAUCCCAAGGUUGCAAAGCAUCAAUUAGGUAUGAUGCAACAUGAGUUUAGCCAAGACCCACCUCCUGACAUCCCAGAGGCUCACUUGUUAACAGAAACUAGACACGACUAAGAAAAUCAGGAAAACUUGAAAAGGAUUACGUGUUUGAUUAUCAUUGCAGUCAUUAGAACAUGUCUUUGUUACUCCGUAACUUUAUUGAUGCUGGUAGAGAAGGAGACUGAGACUGUCUCUUAAAAUGCAUUAAGAUGUUCCUGUUACAUUUCCGACAGGAUGGAUCAGGGAGCACAGCGGUAUGCUUUAUAGUCCCUUUACCAUUUGUUUCAGAUGUAUGCCUUGUUAACUCCUCGCGAAGCUGAGCGUGUGAAAUGGAAUCGUAUUGUUAACAACAAAGGAGGUGUGGAAAGCAAUGUUUUUAUGGAUCUUGGCCUUGAGCAUGACAAUCAUUACUUUAAAGAACAACUUAAGGGUUUGGGUCCAAACGUAAACCAAACCAAUGUAAAGAGAAUAUCUAAUGCUUUUUCUGUCAUUCAUAAUCUUCGUAAAAGACUUGAUGGUGAAAUGCUUGUCCGGGAAAUCCUGGGGAGCACACAAAGAAGAAUAUGA